CAUCCGAGGCUGCUCCCUCUGCGCGGGCGCCCGGUGGCCGUACUUGCGGCUGUGCAUCAUCGCUCGGCUCGUGUGACGCGACACGCCCAAAGCUUCUGCGCUACCGUGCUGCGUCCGAGCUCCACAUCCAACUCGCACCUCCAGACUCCCGCGUCCCGAAUGCGCCGCUCUCGAUCGCGCCGCCCCCGCAGCUCUUCCCAAUGGAUCCGGACACGCUCGAGCCCAUGAAGAUUGGCGCCCCGAGCGGCCUGCACUACCCCAUCACAAUCACCGAGCUCGUCAAGGCCCAGGGCGACGACGUCGCGCGCUCGCAGCCGCUGUUCCACUACUCGUUCGAGAGCCUGCGCGAGGAGACGAACCGGUGGGGCGAGACCAAGGAGGUCGCCCAGAAGUUCUUCGCCAGCUUCGAGGCCCCCGUCGACGGCCAGAUUGAGGCAUGGCACAUCAAGAAGGACCAGGUUGUCUCCCGGCCAGGGACCCUCCUUCUCGACAUCACAGAGCCGUGCACCCAUGAAGAGCAGUUUGGCGGCCUGUGCACCAUGUGCGGCAAGGACAUGACCGAGGUCGACUACCUGACCGAGAAGCUCAACAGCAGUCGCGCGACCGUCAACAUGACGCACGACAACACCGCCCUGCUUGUCAGCCACAAAGAAGCCAGGAAGGCCGAAGAGGCGUCCAAGACGCGCCUGCUCGAAGCGAAGAAGCUGACCCUGAUCGUCGACCUGGAUCAGACCGUCAUCCACACCACCUGCGAGCGCACAAUCGCCGAAUGGAAGGAGGACCCCACAAACCCAAAUUACGAAUUUGUCAAGGAUGUCGAGGGCUUCCAGCUCGCCGACGACAACGUUGCUCAUGUCGCCGCAAACUGGUACUACGUCAAGAAACGCCCAGGGCUCAAGGACUUCUUCGACAACAUGUCACAGUUGUACGAGAUGCACAUCUACACAAUGGCAACCCGCGCUUAUGCCCAGGCUGUGGCCAAGAUCGUUGAUCCCGAACGCAAGUACUUUGGCGAUCGCAUCUUGAGUCGCGACGAAAACGGUACAGACAAGGCGAAGAGCUUGCACCGAUUGUUCCCCAACAACCCCGGCAUGGUCGUCAUCAUCGAUGACAGAGCCGACGUCUGGAGCUACAGCCCUUAUCUGGUCCGCGUUCCCGUAUUCAACUUCUUUCCCGGCGCCGGCGACAUCAACGCCAGCUUCUUGCCCAAGCAGCUAGAGGUACCUGCUCCUGCGCCCGCUCCCAGAGAGAAGAUUGCGAACAACGUUGAAUCUGAUACCGAAGGAAUCUCUUUCUCCGUUGCUGGCAAACCCCUCCCGCCCUUAUCCGUAAAACCGGAUUCAGGAGACGUUGCCAAUGGGAUCGAAAAUGAAUUGGAGGAGAGAAUGAUGGCCAUGGGUGCUGCGGAAAGUCAAGAGGUUCUCGAAGAGCGCGUCAGAGAGCAGGAAAAGUUAAUUGUUGCUCAACAAACGGAGCGACCAUUGCUGCAACAGCAGCUUACGCUCGAGAAAGAAGACGACGAGGAGGAGGCCGCCAGAUCCGAGACCCCGGAAAAUGGCGAGACCAAGCCAGUCGAACACCAUAAGCACCGUGCCAUAUUGAACAACAACGACGACGGCUUGGAGGUUGUCGAAAAAAACCUACGACGCGUGUACGAAGCAUUUUACGACGAAUACCAGAAUUCCAUAGUGAAGCCUAGAGGCACCCGCGUUGCCGAGCUCAAGGGCGAGAAAAGCCCAAGGAAACCGCGUCUCGAGGGAAUCGUGCCUGACAUCGCCUAUAUCAUGCCACGCAUCAAGAGCGAGACUCUUGCUACAUGCCGCAUUGUAUUUUCCGGCAUCAUACCACUCGGGAUGGACGUUGAAACCUCCGACUUCGCGCUGUGGGUGAAGAGUUUCGGCGCCCAAAUAUCCCUAAAUGUGGACAAGCGAACAACACACGUGAUAGCAAAUCCAGAUCGAAAGACCUCGAAAGUCAAAAAGGCAGCAAGGAUCCUGCACGACGGAGGCAACAUACAGAUAGUUACAAUCCAGUGGAUGAUCGCAUGCUGUACGCGGUGGGAACACGUUGAGGAAGAGCCUUAUUACAUCAACGUGGAUGAUGAACGUAACAGUCCGGCGCUCGCAGAGGACCUGGAAGACGAUGAGAGCAUCAAUGGCACCGACGACGAUGAUGCCAAGUCACCUAUAUCAAUAUUCGACAUGCCCGAAAAUGACUGGGAAGCCUUGGAAAAAGAGAUCGCAGAGCUCGAUGAUAUUUCAGAUGCGGAGUCUGAGGGUUCGCGGGCUUCUGACUCGGAAAGCGUACAUUCCACAAACAGCACAAACUCAGACACCAACGGUAGCAAAGCCGCUCGGCAGAAGAGAAAGAGAGAUACGGAGUCCGAUGCUGAGUCGGAGGCUGGAGACAGCGAUUCAAGCGUCAACAGUACGUCCAGGUUGCAGAAGCGGAAGAAACGCACCAUGGAACGAGUCACGUCACUGACAAACGUGGUCAAUGCAGACAAAGAGUCUUCAGGUCUGCCUAGUCCCGAGACCACGGGGCCCGAGGAGGACCAAGGCGACGAAUUUGAUCCUCAGGGCGGAGGUGCGGAUCUCGCUGAGGACAACGACCAGGAUCUGGAAGAUGAUAUGCUGGCCCAGUUCAACGCUGAGUUUGAGGACGAUUAAUCCUGGGCCCUGCUCUGUUCCCUUUUACUCGCAAUUUUCCAUUCAUCUUCGGCUUGGAUCUCCUGCAUAGCGAGGUGUGUUUGGGCAUCACGGCGUUCGUUCGGUUGUGUAUUGCUAUUUACUCGUCAGAUUAGGCCUCAUUGGGUGGGAUGUUCACGUCUGGGUUUUGUAGCACUUCAUUGGGUGGGACAUGAGCGUUUGAGCCGGACGGCUUGCAUCCCUAGUUGAGUUUCCG